AUGUCGAGACAAAGAAAUCAACUCUCCAGUUGCUGGCAAUGGCGCCUGGCGGACCUCAAUGGCCUGGACAAUCCAGAGGUCGAGGACGAUCUCUUUCAAUGGCAUGGUGCAGCGCAUAUGCCCUCGGUCAUUCACAUGGAGCUUCUCCAGUUGGCGCUCAUUCCCGACCCUUACAUUAAUGAGAAUGAAAGAGACGUUCAAUGGGUCGGUCAAUCGGAUUGGGAGUAUCAGUGUCAAUUCGAGACCCCGGAAGGAAUCAUGGACUUGCCGCUGGUCGAACUUAUAUUCGAAGGUCUCGACACUUUCGCAACAGUCGUUUUGAACGGCCAAGAAAUCCUCAAAUGCGACAACAUGUUUCUGGAGCAUAGGAUUGAAGUUGGCAAAAUCUUGAAGCAAGAGGGGUCGAACACCCUGAACGUCUACUUUGAGAGUGCCAUCAAGAGAUCCACGGCGCUGCAAGAGCAAUACGGUGUCCGGAAGGCUCUGGAACGAGAUCCGCGCCGUAUGCAUAUCCGCAAGAUUCAGUGUCAAUGGGGUUGGGACUUUGGCCCUCAAAUGCUGACCGCGGGUCCCUAUUGUCCGGUCUUUAUUGAAGGCCAUGUUAGCCGGAUCGCAGAAACAUCCAUCACCUCCAAGCUUGCCGAUGACCACUCAAGCGCGGUGAUUGACGUCGGGGUCGGCAUUGAGGGCAAGGCAGCACAGACUUCACUGCAUAUCGAUAUCGUGGACGAGAACGGUGUGGUAGUCGCCACAAAAAGCAUUACGAAGACACGAGGCUCAGACGUGGUCAGUCUCAAAGUGCAGAACCCGGAAUUAUGGUGGCCCAAUGGCCACGGAAAGCCAACGCUCUACACGGCCGAGAUUAUGAUCCGCGACAUGACUGGAAAAACGUUGGAUGUUGUCAAGACCAAAUUCGGCAUCAGAUCCAUCCAGCUAAUCCAAAGGGAGCUCCGUGACGCGCCAGGACUGACGUUCAUGUUCAAUGUCAAUGGGAAGGACAUCUUUGCUCAAGGGGGCAACUGGAUUCCGGCAGAUACACUUCUGCCCCGGAUCACACGGGAGAAGUAUUUUGAUUGGAUCGAGAAAAUGCAAUUUGCACACCACAAUAUGGUCCGUGUUUGGGGAGGCGGCAUCUACGAGACCGAAGACUUUCUGGAUGCGUGCGAUGCGCACGGGAUUUUACUGUGGCACGACUUUGCACUCGCGUGCGGUGACUACCCUCUCAACCCGGCCUUCAUCGACAGUCUCAAGUUGGAGGCAAGACAUCAGACCAAGCGACUCCGAAACAGGGCCUGUCUUGCCCUUCUGUGCGGUGGGAAUGAGGAUUUCCUCUUCCAGGACAUCUUUUGGAAUGGACCCUAUGACCAUGAAGACACCCAAGGGCCGUUUGAAGGCAAAGGAUUUCCCCAACGAGAGAUCUACCUUCGAAUUCUACCCGAAAUCGUGAGAGAGGUUGCCCCAAGCAUCACAUACUGGGCCAACUCGCCAUGGGGAGGGAAAAAGGAAGCCAACGAUCUGACUGUAGGAGAUAUCCACCAGUGGGAAGUCUGGCACCUUCACCAGUAUCCCUACCAAGAUUUCCCUCACUUGUCGGGCCGAUUCGUGUCCGAGUUUGGUAUGUUCAGUCUACCCAUCAUGCGAACGGUAGAACACUUCAUCACACGGCCGGAACAGCGAUACCCGCAGUCAGAGGUGGCGGACUGCCACAGCAAGGCCAGCGGUCAAGAAUCACGAGUGGCCCGCUACCUGGCCGAGAACUUUCGCUGCGACACGUCCGACAUGUCCAACUAUGCGUACCUGACCCAAUGCAUGCAAAGUGAGGCCGUGUGGUACGGUCUGUGUCAUUGGAAACGCAAAUUUGUCCCUGGCAAGGAGGAGUGUGCUGGGGCCCUGGUCUGGCAAACCAACGACCUGUACCCAGGCAUGAGCUGGUCGUAUAUCGACUACUUCGUGCGACCCAAGCCGGCAUACUACACGAUCCGUCGGGCCUUUGCGCCUGUCCAAGUCGGGAUCCAACGGUCGCCGAGAUCGCGAUUUUUGACCGAGGCCGCGCCCGAGAGAAAGAUCCUUGCGCCAACGUUCGAAAUCUUCGCGCACAACUCGACCACCAAAGAGGUCAAGUGUCGCUUGCGUCUCACGGCCUAUGAUUUCAAGACGCACCGUCCUAUUUCGCUGCUUCCCGAAGACUCGGAGCGGACUGUGAGUCUGCGAGCCGGCCAAAAUACCGAGCUUGCCUCGUUGCAUUAUGAGAAAUGGACCAAGGACAACCUCAUCGUCCUCGAGGCCAGCUUGUUUUCGCUGGAGAAGGACGCAGCUGCCAGUUCCGCCGUGCUCGCCAGAGUGGUUGACUGGCCAGAACCUUUCCGCUACCUACGAUGGCCCAAGCAGACAACUCGAGUCACGACCUCGAUUGCGCCGUAUGCCACCAACACGGGCCUUCAGUCUGCCAGUGGUCUUGUCACCAGUGGCGGCCAAGAUCCUGGCUGGGAAAAUACGGUAACGUUGACUGCGAAUGUCCCGAUCAAGGGCGCUUGGGUGGAACCGAUCCCCAACGGCAAGGAAAGCGUCAACGAUCCGGAGCCGUUGUGGAGCGACAACAUGGUCGAUUUGAUGCCCGACAGCGCCGUCAGCUUCAAGGUCAAGGGGUUGAAAAGCCGAGGUGUGAGGGUGCGCUACCUGUAUGACUGGGAAGUAUGA